CUAAAUUUUGGCUUUUAAAAUAAUAUUUGAUACUAAAUGUUUGAUACUAAAAAUAUAGCUAUCUCGACCAAAUAAUCUCUAUAUAUACAUUUCAGACUCUCCAUUUCGCUUACCACACCUCACUAUUUUAUAACAGCUUCUUUCUCUCCCUCUUUUUCUUGAAUACAAUGGCUAAAACAACUCCAUUAAAGCGCCACCGAGAAGAAGAAACCCUAGCUGAAGAAGAAACCAAUAAAAGACAAAAGCCCUCUACAUCAUCCUUUUCCUCACACAACGACCAGAUCCUCAGUCUCCUCAACGAUUCAGACGAACUUAACCAACCUAACAAUGACCUAACUUCAUUUUUAAACUCUCUCCAGCAAGAUAUCUCAUCAGAUGACCAAAACGGUGUCCUUUCUAGAGUCUCUAACGUGGAAGAUUCGUCGACUUCGUGUGUUUCCUCGAAGGAAGACGAUGUUGAUGAAGAGGCCAAGGAGACAGUGAUGCAGCAUCUUUUGGAAGCUUCUGACGACGAACUUGGGCUCCCUAGCAACGAAUUUGGCGAGAGUAAUUAUGAGAUGAUUAAGAAUGAAAUUAGUCAAGAUUAUGUUUGUGGAGAUAAUUUGUUAGAUGGGUUUGGUGAUGCGUUUUGGGAGCUUGAAGAUGAAGCUGCUAAUUAUUACGCGUUGCUCCAAUCUGAACUGUUCUUGUAGAAAUCUUAAGGAUAAAUCUUGGGGGAAAAGGAAAAGGCCAAUUAAAAAGUUAAAAUAAGUGCGUCGGUUUUUUAUAUGAAAAUUUAAUUUCAUUUUUAAGGCACACUUUGGUUUCGGCGGAGCUACAAAAUAGUUUCAUUUUAAGUAUUUGAUUAGAUAUGUAGGGGACAAAUGGUAAUGGUAUUUUUUUUACUCUUCUUGCAUUUUGGUUCGUCGAAAGAUCGUAAGGACUACAGAUGGGGUUUCGUAUCUUUCAAUUUAUUGUGAAUGAAUAAGAAAUUUGGCAUAUUGAUGGAAG